AGUGGAAAAGCAAAAACAAAACACCGCUUCUGGAGGUGCUAAACUGCCUGGCUGUUUCUGUUUUUAUUUCUGGCUUUUGUUCCUGAGGAACAGGCGCGGCCUUCGGGGCCUUGCGAAGGCUGCAGAAUUCCUCCUCCCCGGGACCUGCCGCCAGCCAGCGCGGCGGCGAGUUCUAUCGGCCUCGUUUGUUCUCGCCGCGGAGUUCGGAUCUCCCGUAUUUGUUGACAGCACGAAUCCACCCCGAUUGGGAGGGAUGGAGCUUAGAGGGAGCGGGGGGAGGAAGGCACCACCACGCCAGAAUUAAAAAAAAAAAAAAAAAAAAAAAAACAACACUCCUCUCUUCUCGCGGCCGCCGCAAACAUCGCGAGAUCUGCCCGAGCGCCGAGCGGAACCUCCGAGGGCACGUCUGCGCAUGCGCCUGACGAAUUCCUUUUUAGCGCGAAAAAGUUUCGAAGCUUUCUGAGGCUUGGCCGUAAGCCGAAUCUGCCCCUCCGCAAGGGUCCGAGGGAUUCAAACACACAACACUACCUUCUUCCGAGACUUUGCAGCCACAGCUCUGCAUGAUUGCAUGGGCGUCCCUUCUCCCCGUUUAAUAGCCAUUGGCCGUGAAUUCUGUGUGAGACGAAUUUUCAGCGAAUCCACUACUCAAGCAGUUGGGGUGGGAGAGCCCAUCAGGGUUUCAAAAUGAGGGAUACAUGGGACACUUGCACAAGCUUUGGAUUUUGUCCUGCAGCAUCUGACUGGUACCAUCCAGACACCCGAAGCGCUGCCUGCCAGAAGCAGGCUAUGAGCCAAGGGGAAGGCAGAGGACAGAAAUGAACGUGCUCCCAAGCUUUCCUGGUGAUGUUUGGUAUUCUCCAAACUCCUAUGCGAGGGCUAUUCCUGACCGAGAAGACCCAAGGAGACCAUCUCUGAAAUCAAGUCCAGAUGAAGGACCAGCAGAUGCUUACCAUUCUACAGAAAAUAACUAAGAGGGAAAAAGUGAGUAUGGUUUUUGCUCACAGAAUGGAUAACAGCAAGCCGCCUCUGGUUAUUCCCACACUUCUGGUGCCCCUCCAGAACCACAGCUGCACUGAAACAACCACACCCCUGCCAAGCCAUGACCUGACAGAACUACAGGAGGAGCACAGUUGGAUGAACAACAGAACUGGCCUGCAGCCUGGACUGAAACCUGGGGAAGUGGCCACUGCCAGCAUUUUCUUUGGGACCCUGUGGUUGUUUUCUAUAUUUGGCAAUUCCCUGGUUUGUUUGGUCAUCCACAGGAGUAGGAGGACUCAGUCCACCACCAACUACUUUGUGGUCUCCAUGGCCUGCGCGGAUCUCCUCAUCAGCGUGGCCAGCACGCCUUUUGUCCUGCUUCAGUUUGCCACUGGGAGGUGGACACUUGGCAGUGUGAUGUGCAAGGUCGUGAGGUAUUUUCAGUAUCUCACGCCGGGUGUCCAGAUCUACGUUCUCCUCUCCAUCUGCAUAGACCGGUUCUACACCAUCGUCUAUCCUCUGAGCUUCAAGGUAUCCAGGGAAAAAGCCAAGAAAAUGAUCGCGGCAUCGUGGAUCUUUGAUGCAGCCUUUGUGAGCCCCGUGUUCUUUUUCUUUGGCUCCAGCUGGGACAGUCACUGCAACUAUUUCUUCCCUUCAUCUUGGGAAGGAACCACCUAUACCAUCAUCCAUUUCUUGGUGAGCUUUGUGAUUCCAUCCAUCCUCAUCAUCUUAUUUUACCAGAAGGUUGUGAAGUAUAUUUGGAGAAUAGGCACUGAUGGCCGAACAGUGAGGAGGACGAUGAACAUUGUCCCAAGGACAAAAGUGAAAACUAUCAAGAUGUUCCUCAUUUUGAAUCUGUUGUUUUUGCUCUCUUGGCUGCCUUUCCAUGUAGCUCAGCUGUGGCACCCCCACGAACGAGACUCCAAGAAAAGUUCCCUUGUUUUCACGGCUAUCACAUGGAUAUCCUUUAGUUCUUCAGCCUCUAAACCUACACUGUAUUCCAUCUAUAAUGCCAACUUUAGGAGAGGAAUGAAAGAGACUUUUUGCAUGUCCUCAAUGAAGUGUUACCGAAGCAAUGCCUAUACUAUCACAACCAGUUCAAGGAUGGCCAAAAAAAACUACGUUGGCAUUUCAGAAAUUCCUCCCACGGCCAAAACUAUAACCAAAGACUCGAUCUAUGAUUCAUUUGACAGAGAAGCCAAGGAAAAAAAGCUCGCUUGGCCCAUUAAUUCAAAUCCACCAAAUACUUUUGUGUAAUUUCGCAGAAUUCUUUCAAUUAUUGUUAUGUGCCAGAGAUUAAAAAGCUUUAACUCUAAAAA